CACACACACACACACACACACACACACACACACACACCAGCAAAGAGACCAUAAGCACUGAGCAAUGCAGAGCCCACCAUAUCAUAGAUAAGGGACAGAAGAAAGGGCUGGAAAGAAGAGAGCAGAACACAGAGAGAGACUGACAGAGGAGAGGGUGCGACAGAGAUGACUCUGACGAACAAAGCCUAGACUCGACCACCCUGUCACCGGAACUGCAGCCUUGUGACACAGGACAUCAGAAGGUAUACUUGCGAAUAAAUGCUGUAAGAUCUGGAAGAGAGCUGCAGGAACACACAAGCGUGCACAGAAGCUCACAGUGGUCAGUACAAGGGUCAACAACGCUACUGUCUGCUGCAAGGGAUCCAGAACGUUUUUUUUGCCUACGGACCACAAUUUCAAUUAACCUUUGGAUUAAGGCAUUUACAGAUCAUAAAUAUUUUCUCUUACUCUUACAUCAGCUCAUCUAUAGACAAUCCCAGAGGGCAUACAACAGAAAUCUGCAGAUUGCUUUUCCCAUGGCGAGCAUUUGGGUCUCUCAACUGGGAACCAUCUGCAACUCCAAGACUUUGCUCUUGCUGUUUUCCAUCCUGCUACUCCACUGGCCACUCUGUGGACAGAGCAGCCCAAUCUCCAAUACCCAUCAGAGGUAUCGCCCUGCUCCUGGGCUGGGAGACGGGCAUGGGGGGGUGGUGGAUCCAUCACUGCUUGAGCAGGACAACAACAACAUGAACAUGCAGAGCCUGCUGGAGAGCCUAAAGGAACAGUUUCUGCGGACUUUCAACCUGUCUGGCUUGGGUCCUCACCUGGCCCCUGGGAGUGCACGAGAGGAGCCGCCUGAGUACAUGAUGGAGCUUUACAACCGUUUUGCUAAUGACCACACUGCCAUGCCCACUGCCAACAUCAUCCGCAGCUUCAAAAAUGAAGAUUCAUCUCCCAGUGUUGUGGGCGUUGGAGGGGUAAGGCGUCACCCACUCCUCUUCAAUGUGUCAGUUCCCCAUCAUGAACGUGUCACAGCAGCCGAGCUUCGCCUCUACACCCUUGUCCAGACUGACCGCCACCUCUAUGCUGGUGUCGACCGCAAGGUCACUGUCUACGAACUGGAGUUGCAGUUUGGAGAUGACAAUGUGACUAAUGAGAAUACCAUGAGAGGUGAUGGAUUCAGAGGGGGAGAAGAGCGGUUAGAGCUAGUGGAGUUGGCUUCACGCCAGGUCUACGGCACAGAUAAUGGCUGGGAGGCCUUUGACCUCACUGCUGCUGUUCAACGCUGGCGCAGAUCUGACCGUGGCACCACGCACCAGUUGGAGGUACACAUUGCCAGCAUAGCUGAUGAAGAUAAUGUUCAAAGUAUGAUGAAGGACAACAAAGACAGGAAUCCACCUGAAGGGGACAUGAAGAUUGACACCAGUCCAGAAGAAAAACACAAACCUCUGCUCAUUGUUUUUUCUGAUGACCAAAGUAGUGAUCACCGUGAUGACAAACGCGAGCUGAACGAGAUGAUUGACCAUGAAACCUCUAACAUGGUUCUCCAGAAUGACUUGGGGACGGGCCUGAAUGGGCUGUGGGGGGAGCCGGGGAGGGACAGGGAUGAGAGAGAUGAAGAAGCAGAGCCAGAUGAAGAGGACCUCAUCCAAAUGCGCUCCAAUCUGAUCUACGACACAGCAUCCCGCAUUCGGCGCAAUGCCAAGGGAAACCACUGCAAGAAACAAUCUCUGUACGUAGAGUUCAAGGACAUCGGAUGGGACAGUUGGAUCCUGGCACCCACUGGUUACGAUGCCUUUGAGUGCACUGGCAUUUGUUCCUUCCCGCUGACGAAGCAUGUCACACCCACUAAGCAUGCCAUUGUCCAGACAUUGAUCAACAUCAACAGUCCUCAGAAGGCGGCACGAGCUUGUUGCGUGCCCACCAAGCUGGACCCCAUCUCUCUGCUGUACUUGGAUGAUACAGGCGUGGUCACCUACAAGUACAAGUUUGAAGGCAUGGUGGUGGCUGAGUGUGGCUGCAGAUAGUCCAUGCUUUCAGAGAGUUUAACUCUUCGUAAAGUCUUACAACAAGAGAAAAGACAAAGAACUGCAAAUAAGCUAACAAAGGA